AUGGCUCCAGUCACUCUUCACCUCCGUGCGGAGGACAAGAUCCUUGAACAUCGAUCUGCUCUCACCCCUCAAACCACCCGCGCGCUUGUAGAUGCCGGCUACAAUGUCAAGGUCGAGCGCUCUUCCACCUCUGCUCUGCGCAAGAGGAUCUUCCCCGAUGCGGAGUUUGAACAGGCUGGUGCGACACUGGUGCCAGAAGGUUCAUGGGUUGACGCACCGCUUGACGAUAUCAUUCUGGGCCUGAAGGAGCUUGAUGAGACGAAGGAUUUCCCACUUAAACAUGCUCAUGUCACAUUUGCGCAUUGCUAUAAGGGCCAAGGAGGGUGGGAGAAGGCAUUGGGAAGAUGGAGCCGUGGGAAUGGAGUGUUGUAUGAUUUGGAGUUCUUGCAGGAUGAUAAUGGGAGACGGAUUGCUGCAUUUGGAUAUCAUGCCGGCUUUGCUGGUGCUGCUCUCUCUCUGAAGACCUGGGCUUGGCAGCUUCAGCAUCCUGAUACUCCCCUUCCCGGUGUAGAUCAUUUUACUGACGGUAGGGGAUAUUAUCUUAGCGAGCAAGAAAUGGUUGACCAAAUCCGAGAGGAUGUUAAUCAGGGAGUGAAGAUUGCCGGCCGCAAACCCAGAGUUCUUGUCAUUGGUGCUUUGGGUCGCUGUGGAAGGGGUGCGGUUGAUGCUUGUAUUAAAGCCGGAUGUGAAGAUGUGCUCCGCUGGGAUAUGGCCGAAACUGCCAAGGGAGGCCCAUUCCAAGAAAUUGUAGAGUCUGAUAUCUUUGUGAACUGCAUCUACUUGAAUGAAAAGAUCGCCCCAUUCGUUGACAUGGAGAGCCUGAAGAGCCCCAACAGAAAACUCUCUGUUGUAUGCGACGUGAGCUGUGAUACAACAAACCCGAAUAACCCAAUACCAAUCUACAACAUAAAUACCACCUUCGACAAACCAACCGCCCCCCUCCCUCUUUCUAACCCACCCCUCAGCGUAAUCUCAAUCGAUCACCUUCCCAGCCUUCUCCCCGCAGAGUCCUCGGAUGCCUUCUCAUCCGAUCUCCUCCCUUGCAUGCUGGAGAUCAAGAACCGUAAUUCGCACCCUGUCUGGCAGCGGGCGGAGAAACUCUUCAGAGAGAAGGUCAAGACUUUACCUGAGGCAUUGCAGAAGGCUGAGUAG